GUCUGUCACAAUGAUUCAUUUUCUACUAGAACAGCACAUGAAAAGCUGUUUUAGCUUUAUUAUUACGCGAAAACAUGUUUUGUUUAACUAUGAGAACUUGUUAUUGUGUGUACGACUACAUGUUACGUAAAAAGUAUCAGCGGGCCGCUAAAGUUGGAGGACAGACGACAAGGUUCGCGCUCGCUUUGAAACAGUCGGUCGUCUGUUCUUGCUUUUCUUCGCUUGGUCAUGCAUCGUGGGUGAGUAAAGAUGUAAUAUGCGUGAAUGGAAACAAUUUAUGAAGAUUUUACUUUGAAAACGCUUUAUUUGCGUAGCCAUAUCCACGUUUUAGACGAAGCCUCUUACAACACCAGCCAACACGAGCCUCGCAGACACAUAUACCGUCAUUCCCAUGACGGCACGGUGCCCCCUUAAGAAACUCCCAUAGACGGUGGCGCCAGAUUACCCUCUAGGUGUUACAGUGAGAAACUCUAUGAUAUGGUAGGUACCACUAUAGCACCGCGGCGUAGAAGGCUGGAUAGAUAGACAGACACACUCAAAUCACCCGAAGUUCGCAAAGAAUGCUUCGCGUUAAAAACACACGCGUACUCAGAUUUAGCUGGAAGUUAAAAAAAAAUGAAAAACUCCACAUGCUCAAAUUCGGAAUAUUCCGCUACGGAGCGACUCAUAAUCAGACCGAGGUUUUGGCACGUUAUACUCCAGAAGGUAUUCUGGUUACGACUUUCAAGAGAAACUGAAAUAUGGAAGUUCCGAUUGAAUACUUGUAAACACCAGUACCGACGUCACUGCCGACGUGGUUAGGGCACGAAACUAAAAAAAAAGAAGAAAUAAUAUACUGCCAUCGCAUAUUCUUGCUAUUAAGCCGAAGUUUCUUUUUGAAAAAUAAAGUUUCUUUUCUUUCUUCCUUCGACAUUUUAUUGCAACAAAGUGCAUGACGGGUUCACAAAGUAAAUAUUCCGGUCUUGCCAUACUUAAGCGUUUUCCUUUAAUAUUACAUAAAGAGAAUUGUUUGAAGCCAGCAGACAAUGAAAACAAGGAAAUCAUACGAGGAUUCAACCAUUUCUUCUUUAUCGAACUAUAACACUAUAGGCGAGAGCUGCCUUUCCCCCUUUCCCCAAUAAACUCCAUACUCGAACUUAAAAUCUUCCUUUUAAUAUUGUUGCUCAUUUAAUCACAUUUCUCACUCGCUCGUCUUUUUUUUCAUUUUAAUACUGAUUAAGGUUCUCGUUCUAAAAUAUUUCCGCCAUUUGUUUUUCAUAUCAGGCGUUUCUUCGCAAGAAAAGUGGUCGCCCCUUGGGGCUAGGAAAAUUACUUAUCGCGUUUUCCCGGCGAGCAUGCACUGAUCUGUAUGUUCGUUCACUGUGCCAAGCCCGUGCAUGCAUUCAUCAGUACUACAGCCGAAUAACGACGUCAUCAGCGGAUGCGCCCGUCGCCGGCUUGCAUGCUCCGCACUUCUGACGCUCACCCACUAUGGGGGGAUUGGCCAAGAAGCCGGCGGCUCUUUCCACACAGACCGGCGGUAUGCGUUUUCCCCAGCUGUCGUAUUUUAUUUAUCCACGAUACUGACGGCUGCGCACAACGCCACGCAAUAAGGAGAAAAAAAGAAAGAACGAAAAUAAAAAUCGCACCCAAUGCUGAGAGUCGCGGAGCUGCAAACACACGCGAGCUCAGCGUUGGGCCGGCACCGACAAAGUCGAAGUGUCGCAUCGCGCGCGACGCGCCGAUACAGUUCCAAGAGGCGAGCCAAUGUAGCGAAAACGCAGCGAAAAACAACGACUCGGUGCCACAAGCCAUGAAGUUUUCGCGGCCCCAUCGCGGCGCCGGAGACAACGUCGUAAGCAUUCCCAGCACUGUUGCCAACCGGGCCUGAGGAGGUGGCGGGGCAUCCCCGGAGGCGGCCACCAUGAACGAGAUCGCGCCGCCUCCAAAAUAUCGGCUCAACCUCCGCGUGGUGCUCAUGUCGGUGCUCAUCUGGAUGGGAACAUUCCUUGUGUUCGCGGCGAUCUCGGUCACGCUCGCCAUCACCACGAACGCUAUGUACUUCCUCUUUAUCAUCAUGGGGCUGGUGGUGUCGACGUUCGCGAUGGCCUUCUACAAGCCCGAGGGGCCCUGGGAACCGCUGGUGCCGUACAGCCGGCUCUGUGAGCCCAGGCUCGAGACGCACGCUCCCGUGUACGUGGAAGAGAAGUCCGCCGUGUACCCGCCUUCGCCGUCGGUCAAGAGCGUGACGCGCUCGGAUCCUUGGCUCUGCACGAGCGCCAAGACGACGCUGCGUGGGUCGUUCUCAUCGCCCCGGCUCCGCAGCCAGGUCGACGACACGUGGCCCGCGGCGGCGACACCGGCGCGGAACCCUCUGCCCUCGGGCUUCCUGCCUCUGGUGCCCGCGGCCGUGGCGCGCAGCCGCUCGUCGACGAGGCUCGACAGCCCCAGCCAGUGCGAGCAGGUAACGACGGUGAGCUGUCACCAGGCGUACGGCUGCUACGAGAGCCGUGUGUUGCGAACAACGUACGAAGAGUUCCACAGGGUGAGCGACAACGUCGAGACGAUCGAGUGCAUCGAGAGGUCCGAAGUCGUGACUACGGAGACUGCUGCCGCUCCAAGCCCGGAGCCGCCGUCGACGACCAUCCAAGUGGAGGAACCGGUCGAACCAGUGGUGCCCGAGAAAAAGAAGCGGCGUCUGCUGUGGAAUAUCUUUAGCCGGAGCGAUGACAAGACCGUGGUCAAAGAGUUCCCCGCGUACAAGAACGAAGACAGCGAAUCCAAGGCGGGCCUGUUGGAAGAAGAGUCCUCCACGCCAGCAGACACGCCGUGCUUCUCAAAGGCCUCGAGAGGCAUCGCGGACGCUCCGGAAUUCUCCAAGGUUGUCGCGAACAUCGAGCGAAACAUUCACGAGGCGAACAACCCUUACACCUUUUUGCACAAGCCCAAGGCGGAUGGCGAAGGCACGGCAGCGGCCUCCCAGAAAAAGUCAUCCAGCGAACGGAAGGCAGCUAAAAAAAGUACGUCCGAAGGUGAACAGGCUGCCGCCGCCAAGGUCAUGGGCAUAUUGAACUCGUCUGAGUCCAGUGCGUCAUCGUCCGGCGUCGGCGGCGCCACAGCUGCCGCCUCUGGUCUGCCCUCAUUCUGGAAAGAACAGACAUCCCCGCUGCCCGACGACCCUUCUCCAGGAAGCAGCAGCCCCAUGGUCAGUGGGCCGGCGUCUUCAGGACUGUCUUCAGGGGGAAGUCGCAUAUCGCUGGCCGGCUCCACGCCCAAAGACGCGGACCAGCAGUACCUGAACGAGGCUUUUAUCAAGUCGCGCUCUAGCUGGGACGAGCGAUCACAUCCGGACUCGACAACCCCUUUCCGCAACAACCUGGGCGAAGGCAGCAUCAGCCAGAGUAGCAGCCAGCGCACUGCGGCAUCCAAGAUGGCCGCCUCUUCGACUGCGCGCUCCGAGGAGAAGGAGAUCUGGGCCUCACCCAGUUGGAGCCCCGCGAGAAACAGCAGCCGCGCGGUCGGCGAGAAGGCGAGCCAGACCUCGCUGCGCGACUACUGCCCGCAGUCGAGCGGAGACGACCACUUCCGAAUGUCGCCGCUCGUGAAGGCCGACCUGGUCGAGGUGACCGUCAUCAACAACCCGGCCCCCACCGACAAAGGUGCCGGAAGCAGCAGGUGUGCGCUGCAGUGCGCGGACGGUGCGGAGAAGAAGCCGCAGCCAUCCAAGUACGUGCAGGCGACGAGCAACACCAUCGAGACUGGCGUGCAGAUGGUGACGUGCGACGGCGACAAUAACAGCCCCACCAAGAAGUCAAAGAAGAGGAAGUUAAAGCUGCUGCCACGGUUUCUCAAGGUAAAGAAGAAGAAAUGAGUGACGCCCCUGGCCACGGUGGUGGUGGCCCCUGAUGAUUGCACAAAGUGUUGAAGGCCAGACCCCUUUUUUUCUUUCUUUUAGUCCAAACUGUAGCGCGGCGCGAGUGGGGCGGCAAGAGAGUUUUGGACUGUUUUUGUUUGUUCGAGCACGUUGAGAAACUGGCACGGGGCAGGAAAAAGUCAAGUUUUGAGUUAGCGGCUGUGUGUGUUUUUUUUUCUUUUCCUUUUUUCCUGUCUUGUUGUCUUUUCAGAGUCCCGGGACUCAGUGUUGUAAAAUAAAAUUUAAAAAAUGAUAA